GUGUGAUCUGAAUCAAUAUCCUGUACACCGUCUCUACAACAAGCAUAGGAUUUCUCUUUUCUUCUCUCUCUUAUCCUCCCUUCGCAGGGCUCAUCCCAAUUCCAUCAAAUCCCUCAAAUCGAAUUCCAAGCUUGAAUAAUCGAUCUAGCAAUGAGCCGCCAGCCGAUCUCGCGACACACCUUCACCGCGCUUAAUAGCACUUUCAUCGUCGACGGCGAGUACCAGUUCGUCAAGGAGCUUGGUCAGGGCGCGUACGGGUGUGUCGUUGCUGCCCGUCACCGCCGAUCAGGCGAGGGAUGCGCGAUCAAGAAGAUCACGAACAUUAAUACCAAAAGGAUCCUCACCAAGCGAUGCUUGAGAGAGAUUAGAUUGUUACAUCAUUUCAGGGGGCACAAGAACAUAACAUGUCUAUACGACAUGGAUAUCGUCUUUCAAUCUAGCGGGAAUUUUGACGAAGUCUAUCUCUAUGAAGAAUUGAUGGAAGCUGAUCUUCAUGCCAUCAUCCGGUCUGGACAACCGCUCACCGACGCACACUUCCAGUCAUUCCUUUACCAGACCCUCUGCGGGCUCAAAUACAUUCACAGUGCCAACGUACUCCACCGUGAUCUCAAACCCGGAAAUCUUCUUGUCAACGCAGAUUGCGAGCUCAAAAUAUGCGACUUUGGCUUGGCUAGAGGCUUUACCCCCGGUGGCGGCACGAGCAAGAGCGCCGGAAACCAGGGUUUCAUGACGGAGUACGUUGCAACGCGAUGGUACCGUGCGCCAGAAAUUAUGCUUAGCUUCGCGAAUUAUACAACGGCCAUUGAUGUCUGGUCUGUCGGCUGCAUUCUUGCCGAGCUCUUGGGCGGCAAGCCGAUUUUCAAAGGACGAGACUAUGUCGACCAACUGAACCAAAUUCUUCACUACCUCGGUACGCCCUCUGAGGACACCCUUCGCCGUGUCGGAUCUCCAAGGGCUCAAGAUUACAUCCGCUCUCUCCCCAUUAAGCCACGCGUGCCGUUCCAGACACUCUACCCGCACGCCAACCCACUCGCCAUCGAUCUCCUGCAGCAGAUGCUCUGCUUCGACCCCGCCAAGCGCAUCAGCUGUGAGGCUGCGCUCAACCACCCGUAUCUGCAGGUGUGGCACGAUCCCGCCGAUGAGCCGGUCUGCGAUGCCAAAUUUGACUUCUCGUUUGAGGAGGAGGACUCUAUCGAGGGGAUGAAGAGGCUCAUUGUCGAGGAGGUCCAAUCGUUCCGUGCUGAGGUGCGCGCCCAGGCGAGGGCCACGGGUCAGAUCAAGAGACAAGACAGUCUGCCCAUUCCCUCUCGGGACGAGAUUAUCAGCUCGCCGGUGCAGGAGUACGGCCCUGUACACGGUGCAACGUCUGGCUACACCGCACCAUCCCAGCGCGCGCCGUCGCCUAUCAUGGAUGACCCUAGCGAUGCGCUUGAGAAGGAGCUUGCGGGGACGCAUAUUGGGAGGCGAUGAUUAUUCACCAAACUCGUAAUGAUGUACUACGGAAAUGGAGGAAAUAAUUUGGAAAAUGCAAAGAUGCUAUAUACAUACAUACAUACCGUACUGGAGUUUGAAUCGAUUGUUGUACUGAGACCAAGAUAGAGUUUGUCCCUUAAUUGUGUGUAAAG